AGGCUGCUGUUUUCAGUUGCUCGUCUGCUCGGUUGGAGUAUAGAUCGUGUGUUAAAGGAGAAUAGUUGAGUAGAUCGCGGUUUGCAAAGAAAUUUCAGUGUGUCCAGGGUGUUCUGCUAGUUUCGCAACAAUGUUGAAAAAGAUGGGAUCCUUUCUGUCUUAUGAGAAACUGCCGACAAUCUUCGAGGUGAAAAAGAUGGCCGAUCAGACCGGUUCGAUAAAGCUGGCGAUCCACCACAAUGACCAGGGCAAAGGCUCGCUCUACCGUCUGAAGAAGAACUCCAUGGUGCACGUCCAUCCGGGACCGUCUCUGCUGGGCCGCCGGGUGGCCAUCUUCUGCAACUAUCCGGCCGAUGGUGCUGAUUUCGACCGCAACCGGUACACCCAACUGAAGUGGUUCUCGCCAACGGGAACCCAGCUCGAGUCGGAUGGCUCCAAGUAUCUCUCGAUCAAGGAUGUUGACUACUAUUGCAAUGUUCACCUGACCCGCUCCGGGGCGUACCACUUCUACAUUCUGUACGAGGGUGAGGAAGAACAGCAGGCUGGACUGUAUGUGCAAAUCGAGCCUUCUCUAACCAUUGGGAAGGGUCCCUCAGCAGCCCAACUGCCCCUGGAGGCCAUCCGUUGUCAGACGGUCAUCGCUAAGUUGAUGGGUCCUCUUGAAAGCUGGGAAGCCAAGUUGCAGGUCACCAAGGAGAGCGGCUACAAUAUGGUUCAUUUCACACCGAUCCAAGAGCUGGGCGGCUCGAGAUCUGCCUAUUCUCUCAAGAAUCAAAAUAAAGUGAACCCGGAGUUCCAGAAUGGUGAUCAACCCGUUGAGUUCGAAGAUGUGAAUAAGGUUAUCAAGAAAAUGCGCGAAGAUUGGGGUAUCGCGUCGAUUUGCGAUAUCGUGCUGAAUCACACUGCGAACGAGUCGGUUUGGAUUCGGGAAUAUCCGGAGUGCAGCUACAAUUGCUUCACCUGCCCACAUUUGAGGCCGGCCUUCCUGUUGGAUGCUUUAUUGGCUCGUGUGGGCGAAGACGUGGGCGCUGGACUACUAGAGCAUGUCGGUGUGCCAAAAGUGGUGGAGACGAAUGAUCAUCUGCAGGCCAUCCAUUGGCAGAUCCACUCGAACUAUCUGCCACAGAUUAAGCUGUACGAGUUGUAUCAGUGUGAUGUAGAUAAGUAUGUCACCAGGUUUAAUGACGAGGCGUCGAAGAAUGGUCCGUCUGCGGCAAAAGAAGUACCGGAGGGUGACCUCAAGCUCAAGCAUGAUCAGGAGUAUAGACGGCUGGGAGCACAAAUCGAUUGGGACCGGGCCAUGAAGACCUACAAUGUAUUCCGCCAGGACUGUUUCGACGAGGACAGUCGGAAGCGCAAAUGUGCAGAAGCAUUCCGUUCGAAGUUGCAAUGGCUGAACGAGGAAGUUCGUAAGGAGAUUCAGGCGCAUUUGGAUUAUGCUAUUGAGAACUGCCUGGCUGGAGCUCGGUAUGAGCGAGUGCAAGCUGAUGGACCUCAAAUCAAGGGAAUUUCGGUGAAGUAUCCGUUGUUCAUGAAGUACUUCACUCAGUACGGAAUCCAGGGUAAAUCGUUGAAGGAUAUUGAAGCGAUGAUGUACGGAGGAGCUGGUAAGUUGUUCAUGGCUCACAAUGGAUGGGUGAUUAACAGUGAUCCGCUGAAGGACUUUGCUCGGCCUCAGGAGGGGACGGGUAAUGUCUAUUUGAGGAGGGAAUUGAUUGCUUGGGGUGACAGCGUAAAGUUAAGGUACGGCGACAAACCGGAAGAUAGCCCGUAUUUGUGGAAGCACAUGAAGGAGUAUGUCGACACUACUGCGAAGAUCUUCGACGGAGUUCGAUUGGACAACUGCCAUUCGACGCCGCUGCAUGUUGCGGAAUAUCUGCUGGAUUCGGCGCGGAAGGUCAACCCGGAAUUGUACGUCGUGGCGGAACUGUUUACCAACUCUGAUUACACGGAUAACGUUUUCGUCAAUCGGUUGGGCAUUACUUCAUUGAUUCGAGAGGCUUUGUCGGCAUGGGAUUCCCACGAGGAAGGUCGACUCGUGUACCGAUAUGGAGGUGAUCCGGUGGGGGCGUUCUUCCCAUACCCGAAACGUAUUCUAGCGCCGAGCAUAGCCCACGCACUGUUCAUGGACCUGACGCACGAUAACCCAUCGCCAGUGGAGAAGCGAUCGAUCUUCGAUUUGAUUCCGUCUGCUGGUUUGGUUUCUAUGGCGUGCUGUGCGACGGGAAGCAAUCGAGGGUACGACGAGCUGGUUCCGCAUCACAUUCACGUGGUCGACGAAGAACGUCAGUACCAGGAGUGGGGAAAACACGUCGACAAAUCGACCGGCAUCGUGGCGGUUAAGGAAGCUUUCAAUCUUUUGCACGGUGGUCUUGCGACGCGUAAUUUCGACCAGCUGUUCGUUGACCAAAUGCAUCCGGAUAUUGUGGCCGUCACCCGUCACUCUACGCUGAACCGCGAAACGGUUGUAUUGGUGGCGCAUACCGCGUUUAAUUACCCCAGUCCUUGGGCUGGUCCGACGGGAGUUCGCCCGCUGCGUGUCGAGGGCGAUUUGGUGGAGAUUAUCUUCGAAGUACAGAUCUAUAAGAAAACUGGUCAAACCUUCGAUCAACCCACGGAAUUUAAGAAAGAUGAACACUACAUCAACGGAGUCCAAGAAUAUGUGGUUGAUCUGCGCAAGAAUUUAAAACUGGAUGAGUCGGAUAUCUUUGAGAAGACACCCGUCAUUGAUGGAAACACGACUCAGCUGAACUUUGUCAAUCUGAAGCCCGGAUCGGUGGUAGCAGUGCGGUUUUCUCUGAAAAAUAACAUGAAAUCACCCAUUGAGAAUCUACAGUCGUUGGUUCGAGAGUUCCACCAGGAUAAGGGUUCUCGAUAUGUGGAACUGCAGCAUAUGCUGAGUAAGCUUAACUUGGUGGACUUCAACAGCUUGCUGUACUGUUGUGCUGAGGAGGAACGUGACAAUGGCGGAGGCCCGUACAACAUCUCUGGGUAUGGUGAUUUGGUGUACUGUGGACUUCAGGGCGUGGUUUCGAUUUUAAGCGAUAUUGGUCCGAACAAUGAUUUGGGUCAUCCGUUGGCAAACAAUCUGCGCAUGGGAAAUUGGUUGAUCGAUUACUGUUCGCAGCGUCUGCAGAAAUACCCAAACUUGGAACCGAUUUCCAACUGGCUGGAGAAGAAUCUUGCUCCACUUAAGGAAAUCCCUCGGUACAUGAUUCCCAGCUACUUCGAUGUGAUCAUCACUGGAGUUCACCGUUUGGCCAUCAGUGCAGCGUGCAACCUGAUGUCGGAGUUCGUCCGGCAAGGCUCUAACUUUGGUCGCCGUUUGGCUCUGGGAUCGGUUCAGUGCGUCAGGGUGGCUCCUUCAGCCAAUCUUCCGCCAAUGAGUCCGAAUGUGAACCCACCAAAGCCUCCACAGAGGUGUGCAACUCUGGCUGCUGGAUUGCCACACUUUGCGACCGGAUAUAUGCGCUGCUGGGGACGAGAUACUUUCAUUUCGUUGCGAGGACUUAUGUUCCUUACUGGACGUUUCGAUGAGGCACGCUAUAUGAUUCUUGGCUUUGGAGCAUGUCUUCGGCAUGGAUUGAUUCCCAAUCUCCUGGAUGGAGGAAUGAAUGCUCGUUUCAACUGCCGUGAUGCCAUCUGGUGGUGGUUGUACUGCAUUAGGCAAUACGUAGAAGAGGCUCCGAAUGGAAAGAAAAUACUGAUGGAUAAGGUCUCCCGACUGUAUCCUACGGACGACUCGGAACCGAAGAUGCCUGGUGAAUGCGAUCAAUUCUUGUACGAGACGAUCCAGGAAGCGUUGACCGUACACUUCCAGGGGUUGUCCUACCGGGAACGCAAUGCCGGCACCCGUAUCGACGCCCACAUGAAGGACAAGGGAUUCAACAACCGGAUCGGUAUCCAUCCGGAAACGGGAUUUGUCUUCGGUGGUAACAAUGCCAACUGCGGAACCUGGAUGGAUAAGAUGGGAUCCAGUGAUAAGGCCGGUAAUCGGGGUAUUCCCUCGUCGCCACGCGAUGGGUCUGCUGUGGAGCUGGUUGGUCUGCAGAUGGCUGGUUUGAGAUUUAUGCAGCGAAUGGCCGAAGAAAAGGCUAUUCCUGGAACAGGUUCGGUGGAACGCACUUCCAGCAAUGGAACCAAAACUGUUUGGACGUACAAGGAAUGGGCCGACAAAAUAGCGGCCAACUUUGAAAAAGAGUUCUACGUAGAUGAAAGCAGCGACAGUAAGUACGUUAAUAAGAAGGGAAUCUACAAAGACACAUUGGGCUCAGAGAUUCCAUGGACCGACUACCAACUGAGAUGUAACUUCCCGAUUGCACUGGUAGCGGCCCCGGAGCUUUGCGACCAUAAACAUGCCUGGAGGGCGUUGGAGAAUGCCAAGAAAUAUCUGCUGGGACCCCUUGGUAUGAAGACCUUGGAUCGCGAAGAUUGGGCCUACCGUGGCAAUUAUGACAAUUCAAUCGACAGUGACGACAAAACUGUAGCGCACGGAGCCAACUAUCACAACGGUCCGGAAUGGGUUUGGCCAAUAGGGUUCUAUCUCCGUGCGAGACUUAUCUUCGCCAAGGCUAACGGACUGCUCAAAGAGACGAUCGCCGAAACGUGGUCCAUCUUGCAAAAACAUCUACACGAACUGCAAACCAAUCAUUGGCGCGGUCUGGCCGAGUUGACCAACGAAAAUGGAGCGUACUGCAAAGACUCGUGCCGGACACAGGCCUGGAGUAUGGGUUGCGUGCUAGAAGUGUUGCAUGACCUGGAAAAGUAUGAAAAAGAGCUCUAAGCUCCGUCACUAGCCAUAUACUGCCGGAGGGAAUUAAAUCUCAAUUCGAAAUGCUCUGCUACAUCCGGUGAAGUGUCCCAGUUUCGAUCGGAAGCUUAGAUUUAAUUGUUUAUGUUUUGUGUUUGCCGUUUUUUAUGCUGAAUAUUUUAUUAGGCUGUUAUGUUUUAAAUAUCUAUAUUUUAGAAUGCAGCUUUUAGGCUUAUGAAAAUGCUUGAAAGUAUCUACUCAAAAUGGAUUCUGUUUGACUUAUUAAACUCAUAAAAUUUUACUCAUGUUCAAAUUGUCCCCAUUCUUGUUACGUCCAACAGUCUUUUUGAGUGGAUAUUUUACAAGUUAAUUAAACUGCAAUGAUGUCCUAUUGACUUGCGAUGAACAGUGAGUUGAAUAAUGCGAGAAACAUUGCACAAUCAAACUUUUUAUCUCCGCGAGACUAGGUCGAUGGAUAAAAGGAUUGCAUAUAUUUUUGGUGCCAUGCAUGCAUAAUGAACAAUAAAUUAAUGAAACCCACUCUA